AAUAAAACCUCUUUGCAACUACAUACAAAAUGGCAGCAGUCUUUGGUGUCUCCGCAUUCGCAGAAACCACCCGUUCGUCUAAAACGGCAGCUGAGGCUACUCGACGCGCUCUUUCUCUCUACAGAAAGUUUCAGAAAUCGGUCCCCGAAAUCCAGAAACUGCACGAAUUGGAUAUCCCCACCGCCGCUUUGCGUGCCAAGAUUCGUGAAGAAUUCGAAAAAAACCGUCAUGUCAAAGAUCUCCAAAUCCGUGAUGUGUUGAUCUCGAAGGGCCAAAUGGAAUAUCAAGAAACCAUCAACGUGUGGAAGCAGCAAACGCAUAUCUACCGUUACUUUGCAGAGGAAGAAGCAACACCAAAGCCAACUACGUUCUUAGACAAGUUCUAUGAAGGUCGCUCAUCGUAAUUAUUAUUAGCGUAUACACACAACAGCAAUAAUAUGAGCAGUAGCAGCAGCAAGGAUCUACAAGCCAAACUACAACAACAAAUACAACGCACUUUUUUUAGAAGCAAUGACGAUAUCACAAAAAAAGCGGCUUUAGACGACGAUUGAUAUUCUCCCGAAGAAUAGGAGACGGGAGGAUGGGGUUCAUGGUGUGGUGUGU